UCUGCUCCACUGAGCUCUCUCCUCUGUGAUUCUGCACCUUCAUUUAGUCUUUCCUGUUAUCUGGCCGGCGAGCUGACACUCUGCGCUCCGAGAGGAGGACAAACGGACGCACGGACGGAGGGAGGGAGGACAGGGUGAACUGUCAGACAGAGUCGUUUGUUUCCCUCCUUCCUACGGCUACCUGCCCAUCACUGCUACCAGCCGCCUGCAUCUCGAGGAUCUAUCUCCGCUGUGGGUGACAGCCCGGAAGACGAGGGGAAACCUGUUCUCCUCUGCUCCUUGGGGAGCCCUCAAGUCAUCCCUCCAUCCUUCCGGCUGGCUGUAGAUGACCUCUGCUCUCCUCCCCAGGCCCACUCCAUCAUGGUAAUGUGAAGAUCCACCUGAUUGAGCUCAACAGUGGCCCCGGCUCUGCUACUGAAGGUGGACAAAACGACAACAUUUGGUCAAAGUCCCUACAUGGAAGGCUGUUGGUGUUUCACACGUCUCAACGCUGCUGUGAAGAAAGACGCUGAAAGUGGAUCUGCAGUGAGAUUCCUCAGAUCUCCAUACCACAGAGGCCAACUUCUGGUCUUCUGCUGUAGUGGCACGAGUCUGCUUUUCUACACCAUGAACAAGAUGAAGAACUUUAAGAGACGGUUCUCCCUGUCAGUCCCACGUACUGAGACCAUCGAGGAGAAUGAGUUCACUGAACAGAUCAACCAGCUCAACAUAAGACACACCCAGGGGCUGACUCCGGACCGGCUCGGCCCUCCGUCACACGAUGCCAGCCCAGUGAGCCCUGAGGCAACCACACCAGGAGCUCACUCUCCGUCCCACCUGCACUACCACAGCCAGGCCCAGCACAGACGCUUUUCCAUGGAAGACGUCAGUAAGCGGAUGUCUCUGCCCAUGGACAUCCGCCUGCCGCCAGAGUUUCUCAAAAAACUGCAGCAGGAAAGUGAAAACUCCCCCCUGUGCAGACCGAUCAGCCGCAUGUCCAGACGCGCCUCACUGUCUGAUAUAGGAUUUGGGAAACUGGAAACGUAUGUGAAGCUUGGCAAACUAGGUGAGGGGACAUACGCUACAGUUUUUAAAGGAAGGAGCAAACUAACGGAGAACCUGGUGGCCCUGAAGGAGAUCCGUCUGGAGCACGACGAGGGAGCUCCCUGCACCGCUAUCAGAGAAGUGUCUCUGCUGAAGAACCUCAAACACGCCAACAUCGUCACGCUGCAUGACAUCAUCCACACAGACCGCUGCCUCACCCUGGUGUUCGAGUAUCUGGACAGUGACCUUAAACAUUACUUGGACAACUGUGGAAAUCUCAUGAGCAUGCACAACGUCAAGAUCUUCAUGUUCCAGCUGCUGCGCGGUCUCUCCUACUGCCACAAGAGAAAAAUCCUCCACAGAGACCUGAAGCCUCAGAACCUUCUCAUCAACGACAAGGGCGAGCUGAAGCUGGCCGAUUUUGGUCUGGCUCGGGCCAAAUCCGUCCCCACAAAGACCUACUCCAACGAAGUGGUGACUCUUUGGUAUCGGCCCCCCGAUGUGCUCCUGGGCUCUACAGAAUACUCCAUGCACAUCGACAUGUGGGGUGUGGGUUGUAUACUGUAUGAGAUGGCGACGGGUCGCCCGAUGUUUCCUGGUGCCACGGUGAAGGAGGAGCUACACUUGAUUUUUAGACUCAUAGGUACUCCAACAGAAGAGACCUGGCCUGGUAUUAGCAGCAAUGAGGAGUUCAGGUCUUACCUCUUUCCUCAGUACAGAUCUCAAGCUCUCCUCAACCACGUACCUCGGUUGGACAUGGAGGGAAUUGAUCUGCUGUCAGCUUUCCUGCUGUAUGACACCAGGACCAGAAUCUCGUCUGAGGCGGCUCUACACCACGCCUACUUCCUGAGUCUGGGGGAUGCCGUACAUCAUCUUGCUGACACUGCUUCUGUGUUCUCUCUCGGAGAGUUGCAGCUCCAGAAAGAUCCAGGCCAUCGUAGCUCAGUAUUCCAGCCUUUAGGCCGAGGAAAGAAUCGAAGACAAAGCAUCUUCUAGGAGACGCAGAAAAGAAGAAGAAGAAGAAGAAGAAAGACAUGAAUGGAGAAAAGCUGCCUUUCAAAUCCAGAUCACCAAGGCCAACUAAAGCUUAACACAUUGAGCAAGCAUCCUCAGCAACCAUACACACACACACACCCACACACACACACCCACACACACGCAUAGCGUCACAAGGACAGCUUUUUCACUCAUUUCCAUGGCAGCUGAACUUGAAGGCCCAUCCUCUUUCUGAAGAUCAAAGUGUUCUGCACUUAAACAGACCUUAUUCAAUCUCCUUCCAAACACACACACAUAAACACAGACACACACACUUGCAGCACAUAAAUCUUGAACACUUUUGCACUUUUGCAAGAAACACUGCACUUGCUGCACAUACCAGAGAGUUGUUUGGUUUCCCCCCUUUGAUGCCUCAGACAAAGAAGGGACUAAAGCCUGCUUGUAGUAUUUACAAAAAGACUGAAGCAUACCAGCAAGUUAUGUUCUCUGAGUGAGAUCUCCUUAGUGUCAGUCCAGUUUGGUGGCUCCUCCGCCCCUCAGCCUCCCAUCCAUCCUUUCCUCAACUCAUCUUCCACAAGCUCUGCCUCUGCCUUUCUGCCUCCUGUCGGACCGCUGACCCUCUGCUGUCCUCCUAAUCUAGCAAAGAAAUGUUAGAACAUUGUACAACAAAUACAGUGCAUCAUAUAUUUUGUACAAAUACAGAAAAAAAUGCUUAACUGCCAAUUUAUACACAUGCUAAUGUUACCAUGUUAGCAUUUUAAUACAAAGCAAACAAUAUGCAAGCUAACGUUUAGCCUGGUUGACACUGAUCCCAGAAUCAAAAAUCUGAUCUUUUUCUGGUCUCUGAACGUUACCAUGCCUAAUAAAGCUGCUAAGGUGUG